AUGACAUCUAAUCCUGAACCUAUGGCAUCUAAUCCUGAACCUGAACCUAACCCUGAUUACGACAUUCGUCCUGGCCAGGAAAGUGCAAGCCGUCAGCAUCCUGGAAAUAAGAACUUUUUGGAACUAGUGAAAGCCAGCUAUGAAGACUAUUACCGGGCAGGUAGAGCUGGCAAAAAUGCUGAGGGCAGCGAAAAGGGCCGCAUCGAAUUUUCAAUCGUAAAGGCGGUGCACGAUAAAGGUGGGCGUUUCUUGACCAAGGAUGACAACGGAAAUUUGGUUCCGAUGACAGUUCGAGAAGCCAUGAUCAAGACGAGGGCUGCGUUGAUCGGUCUACACUUUCGAAGAAGAAGAGUUGCUGCUGCUAAGGCCGCUGCUAAGACCGCUUCCCAUGCUGCAACAGACACUCGAACACAAGCCACUGGAUCGACAAGUCACAUAUCGUUGAUGGCAGUGGAAACGAGUCAAGAAGAAGAGCUUGAAGCAUAUUGUCGAAAUCAAAAUAUGAGUUCCGAAGAGUAUUUAGAAUAUUUAGAUUCUACAAAGUUGGAGGAAGACGUAGCCACAGUCAAAUCCAACUCCGAUCGAUCAGCGAUCGCAUCCGUUCUGAGUAAUAUGAGCCUCACGUUCGACGAACUGAAAGAUAUGGUGGACAAGAUAGAAUGUGUCACCGACAUGGAACUGCCGGGAAACAACUUUUAUACUGGAUCUAUAAUGAAUUCCCUUCCAUAUGGACGAGGCCUUAUGACCUACAAGAACGGUCGAAUCGCCAGUGGAGAUUGGGUUAUGGGCAAACUCCAUGGUCAAGCAUUUGUGCUCCACGAAGAUGGGGGCUACUACUAUGGCUUAUAUUCGGAAGAUAAGGAAGUUGGAUGUGGAGUGCGCUAUCAUACUGAUGGAUCAACAUUCGUCGCAUCCGUUGCGAAUGCUGCCAGUAGCAACCUCACAAGAAUCGAUCGACUGCCAGAUAUGAACAAGCUUGCAUUUUGCACCAACAUGGAACUGCAGGAAGGCAAACGAUACACUGGAUCCACAAAAUUUGAUGAAUCCACAAUGUCUUACGUUCCACAUGGGCGAGGCAUGCAGAUGAUUGACAAAAGGGGUCAACUCAUCAGUGGAGAUUGGUAUAAUGGCAAAGUCGAUGGUCAAGCAUUUGUAUGUUACGGAAAUGGUGUGAAUGGUGGCUUCUUCUUUGGAACAUAUGCGGGGAGUAGAAGAGUUGGAUAUGGGGUGCGUUAUUACGCUGAUGGAUCAAAACAUGUUGGUCCCUAUUCCAACGACAAGCCAAAUGGGAGGGGCAAGCGUACCUACAAGGAUGGCAGCUCUGAGGAUGGAGACUUUACUGACGGGAAGCUUGACGGCUACGUCGUCAAGACAUCCAGGGAUAAAAUCCAAACUGUAUGGUACUACAAGAAUGGCAUUAAGAGAAAGGAAUGGACGGAGAAGGUUAGCAGAGAGCGAAAGGAUGGGGAUGUUGCUGAAGCAAGCCCCACCAAGAGACAUAAGACAGGAACAUCUUUCAUCUGA